ACUGAUGGCGUCCCGGGUAGGCGGAUAAAGAGUGCCCGGCACCUAACAUGCAUUCAGUCAAGAGCGGUGGGUGGGUGUGGUGCUUUUGACACAUCUUGGAAGUGACGGGACCCGUGGACUUGGAACCAACAGGAAGCUUACCUCUAUCUUGACGUCGGUCGACUCCCCUUAGAAAAGUUCCUCAAGCAUUUGGUCUCGCAAACAUCGAGGUACCUAGUCGACAUAGAGUGGUUGGAGCUCUCCUUGCAUCUUUUUUUAUGGGUAAAGCGAUCUGGUAAUCUUCCUUCUCUGUCUUUGGUUGUGGGUUCCUAUCCCGCCUUCUAGCCUCUCUUUUAGCUUACCUAUUAUAGCUCCUGUCGCCGUUCACUGUCUGGCCCGGUUUUGGGCAGGGGCAGCUAUGCUUCCAGCAAAACUUCACGUCUCUCCGCUGCGAAUUAUCUCAAUUUGCGCGUGUAUUCUUGUUCUUUUCUACAUCUACGGCCAACUCGGAGCUGGCAUCUUGGAUGUGGCAUCGCCGCCUCAACGCUAUGCCGGUGUCCCGGCGAGCCCGCCCGAAAAAGCUCCAGAGCUUCCGCUCGAGCUAGUGGUGGCCAGUAUGAAGUAUGAAAACACCACCUGGUUUCACGAAUACCUACCGGACUGGCCCGCGAGCAUCUACGUGGUCGACGACCCUGAUGCUCCCCUCACGGUCCCCAAGAAUAAAGGGCAUGAGGUCAUGGUCUAUCUCACACACCUCAUCGAUCGCUACGACACUCUUGCCUCCACCACCGUCUUUGUCCAUGCGCAACGUUUUGCCUGGCACAACGACGACCCCGACUAUGACGCCCUCGUAACUCUCCGGCACCUGCAAACCCCCUACGUACAAACCUCUGGCUACGUCAAUCUUCGCUGUGUCUGGGUCCUCGGCUGUCCCGCAGAGGUCCGCCCCAAUCUAAACGUCCAGGAUCUCAAGGACCUUUCCGCCUCCGGAGAUGUGGCGCUCAAGGACAUUUUCAAACCCGCCUUCCAGCAGAUCCUCCCGGGGAUUCCUGUCCCCGAAGUCGUUGGCGUAUCUUGCUGCUCCCAGUUCGCCGUUUCCCGUGAAACAGUUCACAACCGAACGCGCGAGGACUACGUCCGGCUUCGUGAGUGGCUGCUGAACACGGAGCUGGACGACAGUCUGUCUGGCAGGGUGUUUGAGUACACGUGGCAUAUCAUCUUUGGGAAGGCAGCCGUUCACUGUCCGGAUGCGGGCGAGUGUUAUUGCAAGGUGUUUGGGCUGUGUGGGCUCGAGGGGUGCAAAAAGGAUGGGUGCGAUGGGAGAUAUACGCUGCCGAGGGUCGCGACGCUUCCGAGCGGGUGGCCGAGGCUAGGGUGGGAGGGGGAGGAUAGGGGGUAUCGGGGUCCGCCCGUUUGAUUCCGGAGAUAAUGGGAGAUUGUUGCUCGUGGGUGAUGGUCCAGGAAUUGAGUUUCCUGCAGCGGCCUGCGGAAGUCCGAAUUAUUCAAGUUGCGACCGACGAAAGAAGCGGACUUGAACAGUCCAGCGGGCACUCUCAUGUCCGGUGCUGAAUGCAUAAUGGUACAGGUAGGUACAUGUAUGGCCUUCAUGGCAAAGUAUGAAAAUACCGGAGAAGAGGUGCAGUUGCCGGGCAUCCGCGAGUUUCGAAAAAAAA